AUGUCCCGCUCUUAUUCGUUGUCAAAGUUUCCAAACAUUCCAACAACGCAGGAUUCGCACCAGGAGAUGGUGGAUUGUUAUGCGGCUGCUUGGACGCUUCAGCGGACCGUUGCAGAAGGAUCUCCAGCACCGAUUGGGCCGAACCAGAGGUUCCCCAGGGUUACCAGUGACGGGAAGCCGUGCCGUCAGGGGGAUAUUUUGCUGCCGCACCACUACUGCGGUAACAUUCCCCUGGCUUCUCGCCUCCAGAAUAGCCCAGCAUCGCAGAGGCAUGAUGAGACUCUCACGCUCGAGACCUUCUGGCAGCUACGCUCCGUACUGCCGUGUUAUCCGCCUGCGAGUCUCAAGUGGGUGCUUACGCUUACAGCGCUUCUGCCAUCACAGCUACCGCCAGCAACAAACGAUACGAGUGGUUGGAUUGCCCAAAACUUCUCGACCGUGCCUGUGAUAUGCGCCUUCUCUCGCAUUAUCAAAGUUCUUUUUGGUAGUGGUGGUGGUGGUUCGUCCAAUCGCUGCAAGCGUCACUCUGAUAUCUCGUGCAUUGACUUCGAACUCGGCACACCUACCUGCCCACCUAUUCCCGACUUUCACAAGUUAAAGAGACCGCAGUUCACGUGGACGGCGAAUUUACACUUGGAUCACCAGUUGGCAGGCCAUAUCACCACCAAUCGCCUGCAUUCAACGGGGACACCAACGCCACAAGCACCUUCGAAACCGCCAACCGCGGGCCUCGUCCUAGUUGACCCCGCCGCACCCGCCACCAGCCUCUCCGUUGAAAAGACUCCCCGCUCGGCACAGCGUCCCGACACCGCAACGCUUCCACGCUUCCAAGACAUUUACAGGUUACUCGAUUGUUGUUGUGCCCUGUGCCUCUUGUCCGUCCGGCUCAUUGAUUUGAUUGCUCGGACUGAAGCCGAACUGGCCACGCCUGAUUGUCAAGCAAUUGACAACUGCCCAGACAGCAUCCCACUUUUGACUCCGGUCUCUUGCGUCCUGUGA